AACCACCAGCCAACAGAAAAUUGGGCCAGUCGACUACUGGACACAGAACUAUUCGCAUCGUAGCAAUUAAACUGCUGGAAAAUAAUUCCACAAGCACGAGCCAUACUAAAACAACCAAUUGCUAAAGGGGUGACCCUGCUAAUUGAUGUGCGGUGACAGGACUGGGACUGAAUAAUAUAUAGUUAUUCAUGAUGGCAACACCUACGGCAGCCCCUCUGCCACACCCUUUUCCUCUCGAGGAGAUCCUUACGCCAUCAGAAGUAGCCUCCCUCUCACCCGACAUUCAGGGCAAACUCAACCAGUCAAUUCACGAGCUGCAAGACUCGCUCCACAAUGUACGAACUCAAUUUCAGGCCGAAAAGGUAGUUUAUGUUCAGCAUACUUAUGACCUUGAUACUCGUCUUUCCACUGCCACUGCUUCCCUUUCCUCUGCCCAAUCCGCCCUGGCAUCGUCAACAUCCGCGACUCAGAGUCUGCAAGGAAAGCAUGACUCGCUCUCCCAACUUGUGUCCAAACUUCAAAGCGACAACUCAACUUUAUCUCACAAUUUGCAAAACACGGAGGCAAAGUUAUCCACGCUUCAAGAGUCAAAUGAUGAAUUGCUCAAAUUGUUGGAAAAGAGGAAUGUCGAAAUUGGGCGGUUGUCUGAUGAUGUAGGAAAACUCGUUGGGCAGUUGGAAUCUGCGAGUGUUGCUAAAAUUGAGGCGAUGCAAAAGGUUGAUGAGUUAGUGAGCAAGGAGAUUGAGGUCAAAUACAGGGAGAAACACCUCCUCGCUUCUCAGUCUUACCAAACAGACCAACUCAAAGUUUUGAAUGAAGAAUUAGAACGUAAAUCAAUGGAAUUGCUAAAUAUGCAGCGAGAUUCAUCGGUGAAAUACAUCCACCUUCAGACUGACCUCUCCGAGAAGAUCGAAAAUCUUAAAAUUUCAGAAAUGAAACUGGCAGAUUUAAAGGAACUGUAUGACAAGUCAGAGAAACAAGUGGAAAAUCUAAUGGAGAAAUUGAGGGGAGAAGGUGAUUUGAGAGGGAAGGUGGAAGAAAAUUACAGACUGGAGGUUGGAAGCUUAAAAAAGGUGGUUGACUUGUAUAAAGAAUCGACGGAAGAUUCAUCCAAGAAACUCGAAGAACUUGAAGACGCCGUUCAAAAUCUCCAGGACCUAUUGAAAGAAUCCACAGAAAAGUAUGGUCAGUUGGAGACUAGAUUCGCCGACUCUUCUCGUCAGUUCCAAGAAGAGAUUUCCAAAAGGGAUGAAGUUAUUGGAAAACUGAAACAGGAGUUGAAGACGGCAAAUGAAGUUUUAGAGUCGAUUCAAAAACAUGGCAUGACAGAUGAGAUGAUUCAUAGUUUGUCCCCCGCUGCUGCCGCUGCAAGCCAAAUGCUGAAAGAAUCAAAAUCGAUAACUGAAAUAUUUUCUAAAUAUCAAGAAGUCCAGGUGGAGCUGGGCAGAGUGAAGGGUGACAAUCUCAAGUUGAAUGGAUACAUUAGGGAGAUCUUAGAGGAUAUUGAAACUCGAGCCCCGACCCUCCAAAAGCAAAAGGAAGAAUAUGAAAGAGCCGUUCAAACCGUUGAAAUACUCUCCAGCCAAAUGGACGUUACUAUGGGGGAGAACUCAAAGUAUAAAACGGAAAUUGUGCAGCUGAAGAAGAACUUAGGCAUGGCUGAGAGAGAAAAUUCCAGGUUGAAAGGUCAGAUUGAAGACACAGGGAGACAAUUGCGAUGUAUGUUAGGAGAACAAGAACGGGAACAACUACCAGACGGAAAUCGGCAACUUGAUGGAGGACAGGUAAUAACCAACACGCUUACCACCUUCCGCAACAUUACCGAACUUCAAUCCCAAAACCUUCGCCUGCUCACCGUUGUUCGCGAACUUUCUGAGGCUCGUGAAAAUAGCGAAAAAGCAUUUGAGCAGAAUUCUCUGUCGGAGAUUAAAUCCUCAUUUACUACCGCACAAGAUGAACUGGCCGAGUUAAAGCAAAUCCGACUUCGUCAGGAUGAAAAGAUAAAAGAAAUUCAACAACAGCGAGACACGCUCAAUAAUCUUCUCAAGCAGCGCGAUUUAAACAAUGAUCAUAGUUCUGAUUUAACAUUGGAGAAGUUAAAACAGACUGAAAAAGACUUGCAGGCUACGAAAGAAACGUUUGAAACGUACAAGGUUGAGAAACGAGAAAAUGAAAGGAUUUUGAGCGAGUCUAGUGAAAAACUAAGGGAAGAAGUGCUCCGUGUCAGGAGUGAAAAUGGUCGAUUGGCCGGGCAAGUCGAAUACAACAAUGAAAGGACAAAGAUUUAUAACAAGAAUUUGGAUGGGUAUAAAAAGGAGAUUGCAGUAUUAGAAGAACGGUGCAGAGGAUUGCAGGGAAUUGUUGGAAAGCACGAGGCAGAGAUUGGAGUAUUGAAGUCAAGCCUCGCCACCACCCAUACAUCCCUUUCUCGGGCUGAAGUCUCCAUUUCGACCCUUACCAACGAACGAAAUCUCUUGCGAGAAGCUAAAAAUCGACUGCAAUUGGAAAAAGAUAUGCUCCAAAGGCACGAGAAGAUGACCACCCUCCUCCAAACGAACCUUGAGGAGAUCAAAAACAAUUUAGAAAUGUCCAACUCUAGCUUAAGAAUCAAAUUGGAGAACGAAGUAGAGUCUUUGAAAAACGAAAACCAAAUCCUCAAGAGGAGAAUCGAAUCUGAAACUGAGAGAAGCCGCGAUUUCCUAAAGAACGUGGAAGUUAAAUUGGAACAGGCGAAAGAAAAGAUCAAGUUGGAAGAGGACAAGUGUACAAGCUUUGCAGAAGAAAAUGCAGACUUCAAAAGUAAAAUUGAUAUUUUGAACAAAGAAAUCACCGUCCUGAAAACGACACUUGAAAAUCAAAAUCAGUCGUCUGAAGAGCCUGUGGUACAAAUUAUGGAUAACUCCAAAAUGGAGAUGAUUACAUUGAAGUCUGAGCUAGAAUCUUUAAGAAAUCAGUUUGAGCUCCAAAAAUCCAACACGGAAGAGUAUAAAAACUUGUCAAAUGUGUUAGAAUCUCAGCUGGCCUUGGCUACUGAGACCAACACCACCAUCAAUUCAGAAUUUGAUUCCAAGCUAAGUGAAAAAGACGGAAGGAUUUCUACUCUUCAACUCGAACUUGAAAACCUGACUAAGCAAUUUAAUAACCACAAGUCUGAAGCAGUUGCACAAAUCCACAGCAUCAGUGCCAAAUCCAACGAAGUAGAAAUUGCGCUGCAAAAAACUAUCGCUGAUUAUGAGAAUGCAAGAUCAAAUUUACUCAAACUUGAGCAAGAACUGGAACAUGUAAAAGUCGACCUUGACAAGGAAACGAAGAUCAAGGAAGAGUUGAGGGAGCAGUUGGACAGGGAAGUGGUCCUCAGAGGGGAAGAGACUCUAGAACUUGGUAAAUUAAAAACCCUGCAAUCCGAGCUAAGAUGUGAGAUUGACAAACAAACUAAACUCGCCGAGAAAUCAGAGGAGACAUUGUCUUUUAAGAUUGAAGAAUUCAAAUCAAAGGAAUCCGACUAUCAGAAAGAACUUAAGGACCUUGCUACCCAAGUCAAGGAGUAUUCUGAUGCAUGCGAAAGACUAGAAGGACAAUUGACAUCAGUCUUGACCACCAAAACGGCUGAACAGGUGGAUUUCACCACUGGCGAUAAAUCUAGUGAGCAGUGGCUCCAACUUAUCCGGUUCUUACGCCGAGAGAAAGAAAUUGCAGUAUCUAAAAUGGAAUCAGCUUUGGCUCAGAGUGAACGCCUUGAGAGUCAAUUUGCAGCAUUGAAGGAACAAUAUGAAGAAGUUAAGCUUGAACUGGGACGAGUAAGUGGGGGAGAAGGAACCGUCGGACUAUUGACGAGUGUGAAACAAGCCGAAUUACUAAGAAAAGUGGAAACACUGAGUGCCUUGAGCGAUUCUAACCGAUUGCUUCGUGAAGAAAAUAUCAGCCUUGCUGCAACUAACAAUACCUUGUCCACACAACUCUCCACUCUAACGACCACCGAAAUUGCUCCCCUUCGCCUCCAAUUGACUCAACUGACUCAGGAAAAUGACCAGCUCACUCUCCAAAAUCAAUCGCUAUCUUCAUCCGUUGCUCGCUGGCAGAAACGAGCAAAUGAAUUGAUUGAAAAGACCAACAAAGUCAAUCCAGAGGAAAUGAAACGGUUGCAAGCGGAAAAUGAAGCAUUCACUAAAAAGUCGGUUGAUUUGGAGAGCGAGUUAAAACGUGUUGAAGGGGAACUUUCCAAGUUGGAGAGACAAGUCAAACAGGGUCAGGGGAACGUCGCAGGAUUGAGGGGAGAGUUGAGAGGAGUGAAAGAGGAGAAGGACAGGCUGGACGGAGAGUUAAAGGGAGUUAGUGAAGCAAAAGGGAAUUUACAAGCGGAACUUGAGCGUGUUGGCGGUGAGUUGCAAGGACUUAAGGAGGAAAAAGUAAGGUUGGAGCAGGAAGGUGAAAAGAUGAAGGGAGAUCUACAGAGGUUGGAGGUCAGUCUCGAAGAUCAUAAGAAUACUGUGAAGCAGGUGAAAAAUAUUGCUCGCAAGUAUAAGAAACAGUACGAGGACCUCCUCCAAGCCAACCCCACAGAAAUAAAUGAACUCAAAGAAAAUCUUGAGCGAAUUUCAAUGGAAAGGACCCAAAUGGAGGAAUCGCAUGCGAAAAUAGUCAACGACUUGAAGAACGAGUUGGAAUCGCUCAAGUCAGAGAUGGAGGACAAACUCAAAGAACUGAGAGAGAUUGGAGAAGAACGGGGAAGGAUGACUGACCUCCUUACUACAACCCAGUCUAACCUCUCCGCUACAUCAACGCAUCUCACGACAACCCAGUCAGAAAACGCCAAUCUUAAGUCGGAACUGGACAUGCUGCGCCAACGUCUUGCGCUUUUGGAGAAAUUACAACAACAGAAAAGUCAGCCCCUUUCAGAAUCAGAAGAGCAGCAGCCAAAAUGUCCAACUGGAUCCGUCCAAGUCGUUAGACCGAUGACUAUGAAAGAACAAAAAUUGAUUGUCGUACGACCACAAGAGAAUGUCGUUGCGCCGAUGGUACAACAACCAGCUCCACAGCAGUUGAUGCUAGUGAGAAGUGUUCAAGACUCGCAGGCGUUGGUGAGCAGUAGUGGGAGUGAGUUUUAUGGACAACAGCCAGUUCAAAGGGUCGUAAGCAUUCAACCGACCAGGGUGCAUGAGCAAGGAGGAGGAGUAGGAGGAGAUCCUGACGUGGUAGUUAGCGGAGCAGUUGGAAAUGUUGCUGGGGAAGUCAGCAGUAGCUUAGCAGGAGGGAGCUCUUCCGGAGGGUCAGGAGGUGGUGAAGCGAGCUCGAGUACCGGAAAUAAGCGAGGAAGAGAAUGUGAUGAGGUUGUCAGUGGUGUGAUGAAGAGGGGCAAAUUUCAACAGGGCAGUGAGGUUGGGGAGGAGGAAGACGAAGAAGAGGAGGAGGAUGAAGAAGAAGAGGAAGCAGAGAGGGAAGACGAAGAAGAAGACAGUCGGGAAAGGGAAGCUGAAAGUGCUGCUGUUCUUCCAAUCGUGCCAAUCCACCCUUCAUCCUCACCCACUCAACCUGAACAAAAUGUCCCCGCGGAUGUGCAUGAACAGAGUGAAGAAGAAGUAGAAGAAUCAGGGCAGGGCCCGGAAGAUCUCAUGGAAGAGGACGAAGACGAGGAGGAGGAUGAGGAAGAGGAGGAGGAAGAAGAGGUGCAUCACGAACAGCAUCCGACUAGUUCCAGUGGGCUCCAAGCUCCACACCACCAUUCGCAUCACUCUCAUUCCGACACUUCUAUUGUCCCUUCGACGCCAACACUCUUUCGUCCACAUUCAUCUCGGAAUGAGGGAUUUUCUGAACUAACCACAACGACUAGAUUCACCUUCAACGAGAGAGAUGAUGAUGGAUAUUCUGGAGGUAUGAGUGGAGGACGAAGUGUACCAAGUACACCUGCAGAAGUACAGGAAGAAGAGGAGGUAAUUGUGUUGGAUGACGAUGACGAGGAGGAGGACGAAGAAGAAGAAGAAGAUGGAGAGGAGGAGGAAGAGGGACAGAACGAUGGCGACGAGCAUGAUGAACACGAUGACCAUCGAGAUGAUGAUGACGACGAUGGAGAUGUUCUUGUCCCCACUGCGACUACUACGGUGACUCCUGGUUCCGUUACACUUGCUGCACAACAAACUGCACCACCAAGCACGUCGUCCGGCUCUUCGCAGUCGACAUCGGAAGUUCCUUCAUCUUCCACGACUACCUCUACUAACAAAACCCGACCAACUCCCAUCAUCUGGGAUCAACCGACGUCUUCAUCUCAGCCAAAUCUCCGUCCUUCUACUGUUGGACCAAGGCUGAGCUCUGGUGGACCAAGACCCAGGGGAAGUUUCAGCUACAGGAAUCCGGUUAGCUCGACAUUUAGAGGUGCUAGAGCGGGGAUUGGAGGACAGGUGGGUCAACUGGCAAUGCGAGGCAAUGCAAGGAUGCGUGGAGGAAUGCAGAGUGCUCGGAGGUCCAGGCCACCAAUGGGGGGAGGGGCAGGUGGAGGCAUUUAAGACACAUUUGUUUACAUACUUUAAUAAUUUUUAUGAUUGAAAUAUCCAUUGUUACAUGCACAACUUUAUUUGCAUUGCAAGACUGAGAAUAAUGAGAAUAAAUUUAAAUGUAUCUGAUAAGUAUA